AUGUCGACAGUUGAGAGUCCUCCGGUCGCGACGGCACCUCCAGACCCCCAAUCCAACGAGCAGUCAGAUGCACCAACACAUGCACGGAGUGAUGCAUCGCCAAGCGCAUUCGGGAAGGGUAGUGGAAGUGCAGAUGUGUCGCCUGCACCCGAGACUGCGCCCGCGCCCACGCCUACACCUGCGGGCCCCCUCGACACGCCCCAGUCACAGCCCAUGACUGCGACCGCGUCCACUUCCUCGCUACAGCCGCCCCUCGAAAAUGGAGACAAUUCCACCUCUGGUCCCUACGGUACUCGCUCGAGAAAUCGGACAGGUGGCUCUCGCCCAAACUACGCCGAGGAUAAGGAGUUGGAUCUCGAAAUAGAGGCACUGUCAAAGCCGAGUCGUGCAAGCAAGCGAUCUUCUGCCGCAGCGAGCGAGCAGCAGCCUUCGACUACGAGCUUUGCAUCAGUCAACAACUCUCAUCCCGAUAAACCCUCCGCCUCCGAAACCACUCCUGCGGCCAAUGCCUCCACGCCAGUUCCCGCCGCGGCUCCUGCACCUUCGAAGAAAAGAAAACAUCCUGGGAGCAAUCAUACUGUGGCCGCAAACUCAACGAUGGGCAACGGUUCGCGCUCGAAACCUAUCGCCUCGGUGCCCUUCAAGGGCUAUGUCGAAACAAACAUGAUGAGUUUCAAACGCUGUGGAUACAAGCUGAAUGCAAAAAAUCAACUGGUUGCCGACGACGACACCGCCGUCCAGGCCAACGAUCAUGUUUAUCUCAUCUGCGAACCUCCGGGAGAACCCUACUACCUUGCCCGUAUCAUGGAAUUUCUACAUGCGAAGAACGACCCCGAAGGUCCCAUCGAUGCCAUCCGAGUCAAUUGGUACUACCGCCCGAAAGACAUCCUGCGAAGAGUCCAAGACACGCGGGUUGUCUUUGCUUCGAUGCAUUCAGACACUUGCCCCCUCACUUCGCUGCGCGGGAAAUGUAACAUCCGCCAUCUCUCAGAAAUCUCUAAUAUGGACGAAUACCGUGGUCAGCAAGAUUCUUUUUGGUUUGACAAAUUGUAUGACCGAUACAUGCACCGAUAUUACGAGGUCAUUCCGACGAGCAAGGUCGUCAACGUUCCCCAACAUGUCAAGACUGUCCUAGAUCAACGCUGGAAAUUCGUCUUGGUCGAGAUCGGCCGCGGUCGUGAGCUGACCAGUGAGAGCAAAAAGUGUACAAAGUGUGAACAGUUUGCCAGCAAUCACGACUCCGUCGACUGCGCAGUUUGCAAACGGACAUACCACAUGCAGUGCGUCCGGCCACCGCUCCUGAAAAAGCCCGCUCGAGGGUUUGCAUGGGCCUGUGCCUCUUGCAGCCGGGCACAGGAAAUGAAAAUGGAUAAUCGAAAUACGCCCGCAGGCUCCGAAGCUGGGCAUGGGGACGACGACGAGCACAUGGAUGAAGACGAAGAUGAUAAUCAACCCAAGAGUCGGGACACUCGUGAGAGCAGCAUCGCACCCGAGCCUCACCCAGCGCCCACCAAGGAACAGAUUGCCCAGGCAAAUCUGUGGCCGUGGCGGUACCUCGGUGUUCACUCACGCGUUGAAGAUGCGCUGGACUAUGACGACCGGAUAUAUCCUCGAGCAAGCUCCAGAUUGGGCCCUCGGCACCAGGCCAACGUCAAUGUGUGGCACGGCCGUCCCGUUGAGUUAGUGAAGCCCGCCGAGAUCAAACGAAAGUACAUGAAAACUGCCCAUCACAUCAAAGGUGCUAAAGGCUCCAAGGAUACCGGCACCGAUACCGACAGGGAUCAGAAGUUGAAACGCCCUAAAUGGGUAAUUGAUGAGCCCAUUGGCUAUGUCCCUCGAGGGCAGGAUGAGCCGGUUGAAAUCAAGGGCAAAAAAGAACAUACUGCUCAAUUGCUUUUCAAGAUGCCUGAAGUUGGACAGCUUUCAGGAAGAGGCGGUGAUGACGUUUCGGGACCUGAGGAUCCGGAGCGUCUGGUUGAUGAUUACAUGGCGAGGGUCAAACCGAUUGCUGCCAAAUACAAUCUGCUUGAUUCGUCUGUCGACUUUCUCACCAAAGCGAUCGAAAAGCUGCAGGAGAAUGACUACGAUGUGGAAAAAGCAUUGAAAGCCAUGGCGGAACUUAGCUUGAAGAGUGACUUGAAACAGCCCGAGCUUACCCGUGACGAAAUUAAGCGUUUCGAAGAAGGUGUGGCUAAAUAUGGAAGUGAACUUCAUGCUGUUACCCGCCAUGUUGGGAAUGUCAAGGAGUCUCGGAUUGUUCGGUUCUACUACAUGUGGAAGAAGACCGAGAGGGGUCGACAGAUCUGGGGCAACUUCGAGGGACGCCGUUCGAAAAAGGAAUCUAAACGAGCAGAUAAAGACGGCAACGUGCCCAAACUCCUGGACGAUGUUGCCGAUGAUCAGGAUGACUCGGCCUUUGAUGAUGAGAAGGCGGUGCAAAAGAAGCGAGGGUUUGUCUGCAAAUUUUGUGCAACUCAUCAUUCGAGGCAAUGGCGACGUGCGCCGGGGACGCCACCCGGCACACUGGUACCCAAGGAUGCCUCUGCGAAAAACAGCAAAGACAAGAGUGGGUGGCUCACCCUGGCUCUAUGUGGUCGAUGUGCCUAUCUUUGGCGCAAAUAUGCCGUCCAGUACGAGGAUAUUGAAGAAAUCUCAAAGAAGAUUGCAUCUUCUGGAAGCAGGGCAGCAAAAAGGAAAGUGGAUGAAGAACUCUUGCGUCUUAUACUUGAGGCGCAUCAGAUGUCUGGCGACCCCAUUCCCCCUCGAGCUGUUGAUGAGGUCAAUAAGGCUGGCCUGGAAGUGCCCCAAAACAUCAUCCAACCUGAGGAACCUCCCAAGAAAAAGGGCAAGCUUGACAAAGACGCCGCACAACCCACUCCUGAUGUCGUCCCAGAAAAGAAGAAGGCGCCCGAAAAACCGCCCGAACCUGCCGCGAUCGAGCCGGAUCCACCCAGGGUCAAGGUCCAUCCCUGUGCCGUGUGUCGGGUUAUCGAAGCCCCUGGCCUGGAAUUACUCAAGUGUCGUGACUGCAGACUCCAUGUACAUGGUGCAUGCUAUGGGGUCGGAAAGAAGACAAACACUAAACCAUGGUUCUGUGAUAUGUGCAGAAACGACCACAACUUACAAGUCUCAACAACCUACGAAUGUAUUCUCUGUCCUGUCAAGUACACAGCUCAAGAGCUUAUGGAGCCUCUAAGAACAUCUCACAAGAAGAAGAGCGAUCGGGAGCGUGAAAAGGAACGCAUUGAACGAGAGAUCAUACAAGAAGCUAGCCGAAGAUGGCGUAUGGAACAAGAAGCAGCAGGCCGUCCUGUCAACCCCCGUGAAGCUCUCAAGAGAACGGCAUGGAACAACUGGAUCCACAUCACUUGUGCCCUCUGGACCAAGGAGAUCAAAUUUGGCAAUUCUGAAUUGCUUGAUGAUGCAGAAGGCGUGGGUUUCAUCCCUACGGAGCGCUUUGAACCGAUCUGCAAGAUUUGCAAGCUAUCUGGCAUGCCUACGGUCAAAUGUCAUAUGGCCAGUUGCAACGCCUAUUUCCACGUUGGUUGUGCCCACCAGGCAGAAUACACAUUUGGCUUCGACGUGCAACCCGUCAAGAGCAGCAGACGUGACACGGUCAAUAUCAUGAAACUUGGUUCAGAGACUGGUAUUGUCACCGCAGGGAUCUGGUGUCCGUCGCAUGUACCUACUACCUGGGUGCACAACAUGCUCGAAAUGACAGACGCUGAGGUGACGGCCAUGCAAUUGUUUGCCCGCACUUAUAAGCAGGUGGACAAUUCCAUUACAGGCACUGUCCGGCGCGCUGCGCAGUUUGCCACCAAUCUGGCGAGCUCUGCACCAGCAGGUCAGCCUCCUCAGCGGCGGGAAAGCACCGUCAACGGGGCACCGAACGGCACCAUCAGUCAUACUGAGAGAACUGAUGGCACGAGCCUUCGAGAAUCUCCCGCAGCCGCUGGAGCAGCAGAGUCGAUGAUGGACUUAGACACAGCACCGACGGAAACCACGCCAAACGAGAGGAAACGAAGCGGCAGUCAGAAAAAGUGCUGUACUUGUCUUGUGGAUGUCAGUCCCAGAUGGUGGCCUCUUCAGCAAGAUCAACCGCCAGCGCCCAACGGAAUAUUGAUGGAUUUGACCACAGACCAACAUCAAGUGAAUGGUCCGCGGGAUGCUGUUCUAACCAAUGGUGCUGUCAAAGCUGAACCGGCCGACAGCACGACCCUCGCAGCAAUCGCUGGUGCCAAGGACCGUACCAUGUAUCAAUGCCACAAGUGCCAUGUUCUCAAGCGAACACCCCCUUCGUCGCCAUCACAAGUCAAGCCUCGUGAGAAACCUGUGCUACUGGAUCCAGAGCCAUACAAACACCCGCCGCCGUUGCCUCCACCCCCAAGCGUCUACGCAUUGAAUAGACCGCCAAUUGAAGCAAUACCCCAUUCUCAUCCUCAUCCUCACUCUCUUCCAGCUCCGACGUCUCAUUAUCAACCUUGGCAGGGUGCUCCUCCCCCACAAUGGUCCUCCCCUGGGGUGCGAGCAGCACGUCACCCUUCUCCGCCAGCUCCGCCACUUUACGGUCAGCCUUUGUACCGGCCCCCUCCUCCUCCGCCUCCACCACCACCACCACCAGCGCCCGAAUACAGUCAAUCACCGUACGGCCGGCCAGGCCAUCCUUCGCCUUAUGCCAGCGUACCCCCUCCCCCACCACCCGGUCCUGGGCUGGUGCCUCAGCAUUCCCCGGCUGCCUCAGCUGCUUAUGCGCAUCAUCCUCCACCUCCACCUCACCCUCACCAUCCUCAUCAUGCUCAUCAUAGCAUUCCACCACCUUCGGCUCCACCGCAAGUCACGCGUCCACCAUCACCCCCACGAUAUGGUUCUGACCGGCCUCCUGUCCCCCCAACCCAUCUUGGACUAGGGCCUUCGAGCCUUUUGUCGCGGGGAUAUCCUGAACCACCCCGCCAGUCAACCCUCGAUUCUCCUGUGAAUGGGUAUGCGGCUCCUCACUCUACUGCUUCGAGAAUGUAUGCUCAAGGUCCUCCGCCGCCUCCGCCGCCUCCAGCUAUGAGACAAUCUCCGUCAGCACAGUCUCUGGCGCAAAUUUCCCAAGCUGCCGGUGAUCCAUCAGUGGGAAGACCGCAUUCAAGGCAGGCGAGUGUUGAGAUGUCAAACACCCCGCGCUUUGGGCCCAGGGCAGUCCCCGGGAGUCCUCAACAGAGACCACUUACGCCCUCUACGGGGCCAGCUUUCACCAGAGAUGAAAAGAGAGAUGGGCUAGGGGCAAGUGCUAGUCCGAGCGUGAAGAAUCUGCUUUCUUAG